AUGGGGAAAUCUUCAGUUUACAAUGCCUCAAAGCAACAAUAUCCCCCAACUUUCAAACUGUUUUUCUUCUUCUUGCCCAUAAGCUUAGCCAUCACUAGUUUUCUUCUCAUUUUCAUUUACAUUUACACCACUUCAAAGCUCUCCACCGAUCCCCAAUCCAGCCCUUUCUUAGAACCUGCGACGAAUUAUUCUUUAUUUGAUCUGCUAAUCCCGGGUUCGACUGAUUAUGAGACGAUUCAGUUUUCGAUCGACAAUACAGCUGAAGAUUUGUUCUUUGAUCUGCCCAGAACUUCAAGUUAUGCGAAGCAGAAUCAAUGGUCCCUUGGAGAUCUCUUUGGCUUUACUGGAAACACUCUGAAUAACACAGAGAUCUAUCAUGAUAUAGAUGUAUUUCUUGAAGAUUACAAGGAAAUGAAUAAGAGCUUUAAGAUAUUUGUUUAUCCCCAUAAACCUGAUGAUCCCUUUGCAAAUGUGCUAUUGCCUGAGGAUUAUAAUCCUGAAGGUCCCUAUACCAGUGAACUUUACUUCAAAAAAGCUCUUUUCAACAGCCAUUUCAUCACCAAAGAUCCCAAUGAAGCUCAUCUUUUCUACAUGCCUUUUUCCAUUCUUCAUCUGCGCCACGAUCCGAGAAUCGGCCCCGAAAAACUCCAAGAUUUCGUCAAAGAUUACAUCUUCAACAUCAGUCAUAAGUACCCUUUUUGGAACCGAACCGGCGGAGCCGAUCAUUUCUACACCGCGUGCCAUUCGAUCAGCGAGAUCGCGAUGGAUAAAACCGUCGAAGCUAAAGAAAACUCCAUUCAACUCGUUUGUACGUCGACGUAUUUUGUGACGGGCUAUUUCCCUCACAAAGAUGUCUCAUUGCCUCAAAUUUGGGUUAAAAAGCAUGACCCCGGAACACUUGUUUCAUCCAAAAGGAACCGACUAGCUUUCUUUGCAGGGCGAGUGAAUUCCCCUGUAAGAGCAGCUCUAUUUAAGCACUGGGUCAACGACACCGAAAUAUUCGCACAUUUCGGUGGACUCGAGACCAAUGACGGCAAAGAACAACUCCGUAGCAAGUUCUGUCUACACGUCAAAGGGUUCGAAAUAAACACGGCGAGAGUGACCGACGCAUUGCACUACGGGUGCGUCCCGGUGAUACUUGCUAACCAUCAUGAUCUCCCUUUCACUGAUAUACUCAAUUGGAAAAGCUUCUCGGUUGUAGUGCAUUACAUGGAUGUGCCAGUGUUGAGAAAAAUACUACAAGGGAUAAGCUUUGAAGAGCUUUCAUGGCUACAAAGCAAUGUGAUGAAAGUGAGGAAACAUUUCGAAUGGAAUGUUCCAGCAGUUGAUUAUGAUGCCUUUUAUAUGACCAUGUAUGAAUUGUGGCUCAGAAAAAGUUCAGUCAGGGUUUGAUUAAGUGCUUCCAGGGAAUUUAUAUGA